UUGACGCAAAUAAAUCGAUGAUUAAAAAUGUGGAAUAUCCACAUUUGAAUCGCAUUCUAUCGUAAAAUCUUGAUUUUUUUUCCUGCUCAUGGAUAAACGAAUAACGUCAGUGACUUGAUUUCAAUUUUAUUUCUACUCAAUUUUCGAUUUGAAAACGUCAAAUGGAGUGCUAUAUUUUUUUUUUACUCAAAGCAUUUUUUUAAACCAUGUCAUUCAUCAUUGUGACCGAGUAGAAAAGUCACAAAAUUUACGUCAAAACACAUAAAGGACAAUAAAAAUGUUAUUUUGAUAAAAGGCACACAUAGCAGAAAAAAUAUUGAAAAGCAAUUUAAUAUUCAGCAUUCUAAAUUUAAAGUUUUGCCCUUUUAUUGUUAAACAAUUGAAAACAAGUGCUUAGAAAAUGUAAUUUAUAAGAGUCAAUUGAUGCCUAAAUGUAAGCAAAUACCGAUAAAAUCCACAAAAAAGACAAAAAAAAUAUUGUGAUUUUUUAGAAAACUUUACCUAGCAUAAUGACACCACACAUCAAUGAUUUCACACCAUUUGGAAUGUUUUUACUUGGCGAAGAACCGACAAUUGAGGAUUUUAUUCUUCUAAUUGGAACAAUCGUGGCUUUCAUCGCAUUUGUGCUAUGGUGCUGUUUUCCGAUAUCUCCAAAGGAUGGAAGUGGACAUCAGUCAUUCUCAUGUAAAUCGUUAUAUGUUUUGAAAUCAUCGCAACACAAGUACACCGAAGAUAAUCACAAUGGUCGAAAUCAUGAUGGCUCCAAAUACGGUUUGAAUCCAACUUAUCAUUGCUGCAACAGCAAUAACUAGUUCUAGUGCAACAAAACAGAAAGAAAGUAUAGAUUUUUACCUCAAAAAGGAUUUCUUGUAGAUAAAACGCUUUUUCACAAAAAAAAAAAACAUUAUUCUAGUCAGGAACGGUGAACACAAAUGCAAUCUAACGAAUUAGAUAAAUACAUUUAAUGUUAUGAAGAAGGAAUGGUUUCACAUAAAAAACAUUCAAUAUCAUUAUGCUGGCUUGUUUGGAGCCGACAAACAUUACGUUUUUAACUGAAUCAUCAAAAUCAUAUUUUACUAGUUUUUAUUUUCAAUUUUAAUUUUGAUUGUAAAUAAAUUUAAAAAAAACGAAUAUAUUUGAUGAAUUUGUAUCAUAUAUUUUAAACGAAUUACUUACAUUUGAACACUCACCGUUCGAAUCUCAUACACACUCAAGAGUUUUUAUGCUACUUAAAUAUAUGUAAGAAUUUUAAAGAAGAAUUAAGUGUUACAUUUUACAUCUUUAAAAUUAACUGUAUAACUUUUUUCUCUUGAAUUAAAAUCAAUUUGAAAACACAAAAUGAAUACCAACAUGAAUUUUAUCUCCUCCUUUUUACAAAAAAAGGGACAAAAUCCUCAGCAGAUAUAUAAAAUCAACCGAAACAAUAGACACAGAUACAAACUUCGUCAUGAGAGUAGGUAGUUUUAAUCGACUAAAUCAGUAAAUUAAUCACUGUGAUGAUAUAAAAAUAAAUCCCAAUACAAUUUAUAUAA